AUGGAUGUCUUCGCAAAGCUACCGCCUGAGCUUGUUGCUGCCAUCUUGGCAGAACUUCCCGACCUCCAAAGUCUUUAUAAUGUCGUCAGAGCUUCUCCGGGUGUCUCGCGGUUCCUCAGCAGUCCGCUGGGCGCUGGGAUUCUAGAUGGACUACUUGACUCAUGGAGUUCAUCAAACCCAGAAUUUCCCACGACUGAUCGCGGCAGCCAGAACAGGCGUAUCGAGAUGGGGAUCAUAGGUGUUACACCUUGGGUGCCUUACAUCAUGCGCCUUGUAGCUCUUUUCAGACAAUGCACUACGAAGAAUCAGCCAACAGAUGAUCUCACAUCCUUCCUCAUUAGAUUCAUUAUGCCGUCCAGAAACGUGGAAAGUAUUCCAGAACUCAAGCCAACGCCACCACAUUGCGUCCCAAGCCUUCGAUUGCAAGAUGUAUUGGGUGGCACACCAGCUUUUUCGGCGCGUGAAAUGCUCUUUCUCGUUAGAAAGCUUUUGGUAUUGGCAGGUGAAUGCUUCGACUUCUUUCUCGAGCGUAUCAAAUCCACUCGUCCCCAACACCUUUCUAAGAAGCCUUCGUCUGUCAAUCAACCGCUCCUGUGGGGUUAUCGGCCUGACGGUCAGCCUUGGGGCCAGCCUUAUGAGAUCAAUGCUGGACAUGAAGCUUCAUGGUAUGAAACUCAGAGACUCAUCCUCGGUUUCUGUUGUCUUCAGCUCCGCUAUGAAAUAAGCAAUGCGGUUUGUGAGAAGCGCCUCGACUGGCCGGCGGACGAUGUUAAGAAAAUACGAUCUAUGGGACAAGCGGAUGCAUGCGUUCCAAUAUUCGAUACGUCAAACAUACAUAUGGCAUUGGAGCCCAUGUGGGCAGCUGCGAUUUAUGUCGCGUCUUUGAAAGGAGCACCUAUCGACAGUUCUUGUGUAGGAGACACGAAUAUUGAGAGCAACAGACGGAGUGUUUUCUACGAUACUGGUUUUCAACCCUUGCAAGAGGGACACUUGCGAUUACCGCGACCAAAACACGAAGAUCCAAGUUUAGAGUGGCCAAAGAUGGCAGUUCGUCAUCCCGAAGCCUUCUACUAUGGCAAGCCUCUGUAUGCCGAUUAUGCAGUAGUAUUGUUUGGGAGUAAGGGCUCUCGUUGGGCUGCAGAUAUCUUGUGCCCUCUGCAAGGUGGCCAAAUGACUGAAGGGUUAUUGUUUCGCCCUCUCAGACGCUUGGGAUUUGGGAUUUGGGACGAUGAGCGAAUGGCACAGAUGCAAAUGAUAGACGAUCCCUCCGCAGGAUGGCAUAUACCAAGACGGUUUAGUCAUUGGGGCAAGAACCAGGCUUUUACGUGGGCAAGUCUCUUGAGUGACGAGGAGAAGCAGAAGUUGCGUGUGUACCAAGAGGUUUUGAGAUCAAAGGAAGAAGACAAAUAA